AUGAUCAACCGCGCGCGCGACGGCGACCACCCCUUGUGCUCGUUCGCCGCGUGCGUGCCACCGAAGGAACUCACACCGUCGGACGUGCGAACGCGGGUGAAGGAAUGCUUUGAGAAGCUUCCGUCGGAGUAUUACCGCGUCGAGUCGAGGACGUGCGGCGGGUUGGCGCGAUGUUUGACGCACGAGGUGAAGUUUGUGAACGGAGAGACGUAUGAACUCGCGCUCGUGAGCGCGACGCUCGAGGCGGAGGCGGUGGGGCGGAAGUUUGAGGAGAUUCGAGAGCAGAAUGUGGAUCUGAAGGAGCGGUCGUUGGCGCUCAAGGCGUGGCUCAAGGAUUUGAGCGAAGAACACAAGUUUUCAUUCGUCGUCAUAGACGACACGACGAAACGCGUGUUCGCGGCUGCGACGCAGUUCAGCGCGCCGUUAUCGUUCGGUCACUCGAAGGAUGGGAUGUUAUUGAUUUUUUGCGGCGCGGGUGGUCGUUCUGUCGCGACGCACUGGCCGCUGAACGAGUCAGAGGUGACGCAGUGCGCGCGGCAGGGAGCCGCCGCGCGACGACGAAGCAUCGAACUUAGUGGACGUACGAACCAGCGACGAAGUGUGGACGGUGGUUCUCGUCGAAGCGUCGAUGGGGGGCGUCGAAGCGUCGAUGGGGGCCGUCGAAGCAUCGAUGGGGGUCGUCGAAGCGUCGACGCAAAGGCUGUGUUCACCUCGGAGGUUGGCUGGGUUGAUCCGGGCGCGACGGUUCCCCUGGAAUUCAAUCCGACAAGAAUCACGCUCACGCACCUUCCCGUCGGUCGCUUCGUCUACGGCCACGCGUACCUGCAACCGUAUGAGUUCACCUCGUUCUGGAGCAGCGCUCAGAGCAAUCGCGCCGGUAUGCCCGAGCGAGCCUUUCAUAGCGGCAACGACUGGGCGAAGGAGUCGGACGGCUCCCGACGCGAGAGCUUCGACGCCGGCGGCCCAGGAAGUCGUCGCUCGAGCAUGGACGAGCGUCGCGCCAAAUGGGAACACACGAAUGCAAAGUGUGACACCGAGACCACUUGGAAGCGCGCCGCACCCACGGAAAAAUCGCCCGCCCCGCUCCCGCCCCGCUCGCCCACCAAGGAACGAGCGAUCGAGGCCUCGCUCGAGACGCUCUCCGUCGACGCGUCGGGCAAGAAGACCACGAAGAAGACAUCCCUCGGGACGAGGAUUCGUCGCAAUCUCUCCCUAGAGCGUCUGAAAGACGCGCUCGGGAUGAAGAAGACGUAA